CCCGCCGGGCGCCGCGCCGUUCGCCUCCCCGCCGGGACGGGAGCCCCUCCUCCUGCAGGCCGCGCCGUUCGCCUCCCCGCCGGGACGGGAGCCUCUUUUGAUAUGCCUCCGCAGAUCGCACACGAACUGACGGAACUGCCGGUCCGCCGCCACAACCACUACGCUAGGCGACCGCCGGGCGGCCGGCAGGGCUGUUGCCGCCGUCGCCUCGCGCGCGUGCGCACGGCGCGCCGCCAGUCCGUAGCGACGAACCCCUCGCUUCCUCUCCCUGCCUGCAUCCCUUCUGUGUUCUGUCACUCUGAUUUUGUAAGCAACAGGCACGGUUCUUCUCACUGUCCAGCAGGCUGCACUAUUGCAGAAGCAUACUUCGGCACCUAAAGUGUGUUAGUCAUAGAUAUGGAUAUUGUUGACCAUAAAAAAGAACCUAUCAACAAGAGCCCGGAGGUCAUGUCGUCGGAAGAGACUACAAACUCAGCAAGUCCUAUACAGCCUUCAGAUGUGCAGAUAGGAAUAACCAAUUCACGUCAUAGCAAACCAAGAAGAGCAAAUACAAAUAUUACACCACAAGAUUAUAUUUGCACAUUGGAUGAAAUUUCCAUUAUUAAUUCAAUCAUGUCCUUACCUGAAAAAACUAUGUUAGUGCACAUCAAUGAUGCAUUAUUAUCAAAUGCGGAGAUGAGGUGCCUUACGCAUGAUAAAGUGUUUUUGCGCGAUAAUGUAAUAAAUGCAUACAUAUACUGUAUAAGUGCCCAGGACCAUCUGCAAGAUAGAGCGGGUGGAAAGGUACAUAUUGCAAGCACGUUUGAGUCUUCCCUGCUAAAGAAAGAUGAGAUAGACCCGGCAACACAUCGCCACAUUGUAAAACAAUGAAUACUUUUUUGGCGCAUGACAUGGUAUUCCUUCCAGUUAACAUCGAAAAAUGCCAUUGGUAUCUAUCAGUAAUCAAUGCGAAGAAACGAGAGAUACAGGUACUGGACUCGCUUGGAGUUGGAAUGAGCCGAAGUGACCUCACUAACAUGUUACAAGGACUUGACCAGCAUCUAAAAAUCGCAUGCGAGAUGCCGGAGUUUAAGAGAGGUGAUAGGUGGCAAGACCUCGAUGUUACGGAUUGGAAAGUCGUGGAACAGCUCAAAGAGCCAAUGCAAACAGAUGGCACGUCAUGUGGAUUGUUUAUGUUAAACUUUAUGGAGUAUUGGACAUGAGAUAUUUUGUCUGAUCAGUUCACUCAGGAGGACAUGAAAGAAUUUCGACGAAAAUUAGCUGUCAUACUAUUGGAAACAGAACUUAAUACGUUAAAAGGAAGUCCAAGCUAUUAUGAGCCUGACAAUGAAGAAAAUGUAUCUGAUUCUGAUGUUGAGUUCCUGGGGGAUCGAAAGCGUAAGCGGCAAGAUUCACCCGAUAGAGCCAAAGACAAAAGCCCCCUUCCGAACCCUAUCAUCGCUGCCGCGGACCCGCAUGAUUUAGUUGACGAACUAUGCAACCACAUCAUGUCAAUUAAUGAUGCUGAUUCCCUGGAGAAGGAGUGGGUGCGAAGCUCUAAACCCCAUCCGAUAGGAUUAAGUCUCAGAAGGAUUCAAGGUAUACUCCACAAGGAUCAGCCGUUGGACAGUGAUUGUUUCAACAUGGCUAUACGUAUACUUGCACGUGACAAGGCCUUACUGCCAGUAGAUCCUCGAGUGCGCUUUAUGGAUCUACAAUUUUGUACGUCCGUGAUCGAGGCCGCCCUCGCUUCUGCACGAGAUUUAGAUUCACGGGUACAGCCAGAUAUUCAGGCGCUAGCAUCGUUGCUCCGUAGCUCGACUGAGAUAGACAACAUAUCAUCAUGCAAUUGGAUAUUGCUCCCUCAUGCAUUCCUUGGCCACUACAUCUUGUUCGCAAUCGACAAACAUUCACGUCAAGUAACUAUUUUGGACCCAAUAUUUCCGCCCUUAUCCCCAGAGAGAUAUGCGUUAAAAUUUCAGAGGGUUUCAUUCUACCUGAAUGAUGCACUCGAAUUAGCACAACCGGGUUGGAAGUCUGAUACAUUUGCCUGGCCACGUAAAUCACUACUUGAUGUUCCGAUGAGCCUAGACCGGAAUGAAUCUGGUUAUUUUGUUUUCAAUUAUAUGCUCUGGCAUGGUAACAAAUUUGUUCGUCCAAUUUACACGGAUGGUUAUGAGUUGAGAAAGAAUAUUUUGAUACACUUGCUCGAGUAUGAUGCGAAUGAAGCUGAAGACAAUAUCCCAUAUGAUGUACGAGAAAUUCUCAAGUGCCUCAAGUAGGAAGUUAAGAGAUGAUAAACUGGACUUGAUAUCUACGCAUUGGUUCACACUGUAGUUUUUUUUUAUCAAAAUUUAUUUUUCAUCUCCAAUGGAUUUGUUUGCUGCAUUUGCCAUAUGUUGUGGCUAUUUAUUUAUAGACAUGAAUUUUGCGAUGCAAUAUGUUUUGGAGACUGAAAAAAUUAAGCUCCGGCACAGCA